AGCGGUAUUGAGCUCAUUGAAUAUAGCUCUACCGUUAAGCCGUGAUGCGUUGCAACUUGCGCAAAUCCAGAGGGCUUGAGCAUCGGGCCGUGUGAAUUCCGGAAGAGCAGCUUCGGGGACUCCAAUACAACGAAGAUGAUACGACAAGCCGCCAUCGAAGCAACUGACGCUGACUAUAUCCAUUGAUGGAUUACCGUUGCAUAACAGUUCUGCAAUGAAAUUCUGGCCAAUACUUUUUAAAAUGGUAGAGGAUUCAAAAGCACCGGUAAUGACUGCUGCUAUAUUUGCGGCUAUAAAAAACCAGAGAGCACCGAACAGUAUCUCCGCCCAAUGGUUGAGGAAUUGAAUGAUUUAUUAUCCAAUGGUCUAGACAUGCACGGUGAAAAUGUCGCCGUUAAGCUUUUGGCCAUAGUUGCUGACACGCCGGCAAGGUCGUUUGUGAAAGGUGUUACUAGCCACACCGGCUACGGAAGCUGUUUAAAAUGUACUAUUGAAGGAGAGUAUUUGGGCCAUAAAGUUACAUUUGUCGGUUUAAAUGCUCCAAAACGAACAGACCAAGCAUUCAGAAAUGACGCUUAUCAAGGACACCGCAAAGUGCACACCCCUCUGUUGGACAUUCUAUUUUUCGACAUUAUUGAAGAUAUAUGUGUAGCAGAUCGGAUGCAUCUUAUUGACUUAGGAGCAACAAAGCGGUUGCUUCUGGGAUGGCGAGACGGUACAUUGGGCAUAAAACGAUGGACGGAAAAACAAUGCGAACGGAUUUCGGAGGCUUUUCAAAAAGUACUAAAACCUCUUGAAGUACAUAGGAAACAACGCCAUCUCAAAUACCUCAAUCAUUGGAAAGCAUCCGAGUGCGCAUUUUUUUUUUUGCAUUACGCGUCAUUUGUCAUCAUUAAAGAUCAUCUGCCUGUUGAGGUGUACAAACACUUCAUGCUACUGUUUUGUGCCAUUACACUGUUUUCUUCAACAGUUCAUAAAAGUAAAUGGCACGUUGCAGGUCAGUUACUAAACAAAUUUGUUGAAAACUUCCCUAGCGUGUAUGGCAGACAGUACAUGACAAGCAAUUUUCAUAAUUUGCAACAUAUUUAUGAUGAAAUGCUCAGGUUUGGGUCACUAUCACUAAUUUCGACAUAUCCUUUUGAAAACCAUCUUCAAUUUUUGAAACGUCUUCUCCGUAGUGGAUGGAAGAGCUUGGAACAAGCCAUUAACAGACUCGCAGAGUUGGAUGAAUUUAAGAUUCCUAAAAGUAAAGAUGCUUGUUAUCCGUUAAUAAGUGAAAAAAAGAAAACAAUCAGUGUAACUGUAAGAGAAGAUUUUGUAUUGCAAAAUGACCAAAGAAAUUGUUGGUUUUUAACAAAAGACAAUAGUAUCGUUAAAUUUCAUUCAGCAAAUCAUGUUUUAGAAACAGGUAACAACAAAAUAUGUAUCAGAGGACCAAAACUAAAUUCGAAAGAGUUAGUGUUCGAUGACCCAAUUGAAUCAAGUGAAAUGUUUAUAUUCAAAAGCUUCAAUAAUGCUUUGUCAGAAACUACGUUCGAAACAUACACUGAUCAAAUACUGUGUAAGUUAGUAGCUCUUCCAACCAGCUCUGUGCAAGAAAUAGUGUUUGUUCCUUUAAUACACACAUUGAUAGAGUAGAUGUGCUUUGAAUUCAAUUUAGAUAAUAAAUAUGUAGUUCAUUUCAUGAGAAGUAUCACAUUUAUUUACCCAUAUAUGCAAUGAAACUAAAUAAGAUCUUAAUUAGUGUAUAGCAAAUUAUUUAAGAAAGAAACAACAACUCGAUUUAUUUAUUUAUUUAUUUAUUGAG